AUGCAAUUCCUCCCGCUCACCAGACUCACCUCCAUCCCAAACAUCAAUUUCACUGCAGCCUUCAUCGCACUCGUUGCUGCACGCGUCUGGCUAUCACUAACGGACCUCUCCAAUGUUCUAAAGCACGAACAAGAACUCUCGUCACCACUGACGUCCUUUUCCCAACUACAGGAAGGAAUAUAUCUAUUCCAACAUGAUAUAGACCCUUACUCUGGAGGGUCCUUUCGCCAUUCACCUCUCCUGCUUUCCCUCUUCACUACCGUCCUUCCGAGUUCAAGAACAUUAGCAUCGCUGCUAUGGACGCUUAACGAUGCUGUAGGGGCAUGGGCUAUGGUUGAAAUAUGGAGAGCGCGACAGCAUAUCAGAAGUAGUCCGAGAGACACUCUCAUUGCUGCCCUAUAUCUUCUAAACCCUUACAUAUUCCUACCCUCAGUGGCUCUAUCAACAUCUUCUCUCGAGAAUACCCUAAUGCUCCUCUCAAUACUCUUCGCCUGCCGAAAAAAGGCAUCUGCCGCCCUAUUUACACUUUCCUUCCUCCUACAACUAUCUCUCUCCUCCAUCCUCAUGGUGCUCCCAAUCGCGUUGCUUCUCGUAACAGACCCACACUCGCAUCUUGCCUCGCCGAAAGCACUGGCCGUCCCGUUGAAAGCUCUUGUGUCCCCUUCAGGAGAAUUUGUGGUGUACACUGUGUUUUUGACGUUGGUGUCAACGCUUGUCGCUGGUGGUUGGGCGUGGAUACCACAAACUUGGGGUGCAACGAUAACUCUUCCUGAUCUAACCCCCAACACCGGCCUCUGGUGGUAUUUCUUCACGGAGAUGUUCGACCACUUCCGACCGUUUUUCUUGAUGGUCUUCACAACCCAUCUGCUUAUUUACAUUGUCCCAGUAUGCAUAAAAUAUCAAUACGACCCCCUCUACGCAUCGUUUAUCCUCAUAGGCAUACUCGGGACUUUCAAGGCGUACACGACGCUCUCCGACCCAGGCUUGUUCUUAAGCAUGAUUGCCAUUUUUCCCGAGAUCUACCCACACAUGCGCCACCCCAUUGUCACCACCCUUCUGCACCUACACGCCGCCCUGCUGAUGCCGCUCUUCAACCACCUCUGGUUGACGCAGGGCACGGGUAACGCCAACUUCUUCUAUGCAACGACACUCGUGUUCGCGUGUGCCAAUGCUGCUGGGCUUGUGGACUGCAUGUGGGCUGGGCUGAGGAUAGCGAUUGGUGAAGAGGUCGAGGGGUGGGCUGUCGUGCAAGAGUAG